GUGAGUUUAUAAAUAAAUUGUACAGGAUUUAGUUCAAAAUGCAAGAUUCUCAGACAGAGACAAGUAUUCAGUUCCCAGGUCAGUCUACUGAAGGAGAUAAGGACCAUUUGACACCAGAGGAGAAGAAACUCAGUGAAGACCCAUAUAACUUGAUGAGAGAGGUCAAGUACUUAUGCAUUCAUUGCGGGAAGCAUACCUUCCUUAGAUUCAAAAAUGCUCUUCCCAAGUGCAGUAACUGUAGCUUCAGAGGUCUUUACAAGCUUAGAGACAAGGAGUCAAUUCAGUAUGUUGCUAGAUAAGUCUCCUUUCAUUUCCUCUCCUAAGAAAUUGAAAUUGCUCAAACUUAAUUUUGCCUUGAAAUAAUUUCAUUUUUCAGUAAAUUCUUAU